AUGGCGGGUGCAAUCGAUAACAUUAUUGCAAAUUGCAAUCAGCACCUGGAAGAGGCGUAUGAGUACCUACACUAUCAGCGUCAGGACCGGCUAGCACGAAACAUCGAUGCAAUCAUCGAUGACUUGACCGGCAUCAAGGCUCGCCAUACUGAGCGAAUCCAGCAAAUCAUCAACAACCACAAUAUAGAUUUGCUGCAUAAAGACGAUGAUCUCGAGAAGCGCCUUCGAGAGCUGGAGCAGGAGAGGAGCGCUAGACGUGCCGCAAGCCGGAUUGCAGAGGAGCGACAGCAGACAAUCGACCAGCAGCAGAAGACCAUCCUGGAUCAACGCAAGAUGAUCCGAUCUAAUGAGCAGAGCAUCAAGGCCCUACAAGACGCGCUCGCCAAGGAACGGAAGAAUAGCGAAGACCAGUACCGGCAAGGCUACAAAAAAGGAUUCGCCGAAGGCGACAGAGCAGGAGGUCGAGACUUGAAUGAAGUCGUGGCCCAAAGCUCAUUGGAGCAAGGUCUCCAGGCCUUCGAUGCCAAGAAUUACAAAGAUGCAAGGCGGGAUCUGCUCAGCGCGAAGACUGGACUGGACAAGAUGACUCCUGAUCGAAGAGGCAGAUUCGAGACUUCGAAGCUCCAUUACGCCCUAGCAAUCUCCAGUGCGUACGUCGAAGACAUCGAACAAGCCAGGUCUGCCUUGACGGCAUUCCUUCGCCACACCUCUGCGUUGGCCAAUGAAGAAGAGCUUCUCCAGAUUGCGCAUGUACAGCACCUGCUCGCGCAGAUAUGGAUCGGGCUCGAUAAUCUUCCGGAAGCCAUCGCUGCUUGUGACUCCGCUUAUCAGACGAGAGAGCGAAAGCUUGCAGCAACGCACAAUUGGCUCCACCAGACCAUGGCGUUGCGAGCUUUGAUCUUUGACUACCAAAAGCAAUCCGAGAGCGCCAGGGCUUUGAGAAGGUUGAUUCCGGACCAGACGAGAGACGCAUUGCAGCAAAUUUAUAGUGCCCUCAAAACUUUGGACAAAAGUCCUGCCCGUGGCAAUCAGCUCGUUGCACAGCCAUCGCCGGGAAGCCAACUUCUGCCAGUCUGGUUGAUGGCCAGAGUCAAGGCCGUUCCAGUGCAGUCAAUGAAGCCAGUGCCAAUGACACCAGGCAAGCAGCAGGGCAGCAAAACGACCCAGCUUCCGCCGACGCCGCCCAGGACUCCAGUUGCCAAGAGCUGUCAUGGCGCAUGA